UCAGCUACAACUCGGUCUAAUAAUGUUUCGCUUGUUUUUUGCAUUUAUUUAUGCAUUUUCUCUCCCAUAUUUUAUAUGUAUGGGUACUCUGAAAAGUCAAGAAGCAUGGAGAAAGACAGUGAAGGGACGAGUAAUGUCCAACGUCAGCAUGACACUCUACUGGUGGAUCCAACAACACUUUUCGUAUGAAUUAGUUAGGGACGAGGCCGAAUGGGAUGCUAUUGGCGGUGAUGUGUACGAGGAGUUUGAAUUUGAAUAGCUUUCAUAAAAAGGCUGGAUAAAAUACUGUGAAAUAUUUGUAAUCUGCCAAAGUUUCAAGUACAUCAUUUUGAUUUCAAAGUUACAAUUACAUAGAUUAUUUAAUUAA